AAAGGGUGGUGGGGGAUAUAAAACCGGAGAGGGGGAAGAAGCUGAUCCGGCCGCCGCACAGGGAGCGGGAGGAAAAACCCCGGCGCCGACCCCGACAACAACAGCGGCCGCCGGGCUCGGCCGGAGAGUUGGGCUGUGCGUUUUCCGGUCACUAUCACAUGACAAAGGCUUUGGGACAGCUUCGUCUUCGUCUGUCUGUAAUUUCCAUUUGCUUUCCUGGGCAUCAACUAACUACAUUUUACAAACAUUUCAGAACCAGUGCUACCUGCCCCCGUUUUGCAGAUGGCAGAGUAGACCCAGGGAUGUUCAGGUCACAGUAAUGAAAGGCAGUAGUAGGAAUAAGGAUCACUCGACAGAAGGAGAAGGAACUGGGAAGCGACCAAAAAGGAAGUGUCUUCAGUGGCAUCCCCUGCUCGCCAAGAAACUCCUUGACUUCUCUGAAGAGGAAGAAGAGGAAGAAGAAGAAGAAGAUAUUGAUAAGGUGCCGCUCCUUGGCCCUGAUGGUUUAGAGCAGGAUGCUGAUGAGACUGAAGAUGACGAGUCCUCAGAGCAACGAGCUCGCCGACCAAUGAAUGCAUUUCUCUUGUUCUGCAAACGCCACCGCUCUCUUGUGAGAAAAGAACACCCUCGCCUCGAUAAUCGUGGCGCAACCAAGAUCUUGGCAGAUUGGUGGUCUGUUCUAGAUCCAAAAGAAAAACAGAAAUACACUGACAUGGCCAAGGAGUACAAGGAUGCAUUUAUGAAAGCAAACCCAGGGUACAAGUGGUGCCCCACAACCAACAAACCUGUGAAAACCCAGACAUCCAGUGUUACAAACAGGAAAAAGUUAUGGGCCAUUGCAUCAGAUUCUGCAAAAGACUUACCGAGCCCAAGGAAAGUAACCAAAAGUGAAGAAAUGCCACAGCUUAACUUUGGGAUGGCAGAUCCUACACAAAUGGGAGGCCUAAGUAUGCUGCUUCUAGCAGGGGAACAUGCACUUACUGCACAAGAGGUUUCCUCCAGUACCUGCCAGUCUGAUGCAACUAAUUCUACAGAAGCCUGUCAGAAGUCAUCAUUGUUUCAGUUUGCAGAGAUCUCUUCAAACACAUCACAACCUGGAGUCCCAGGGGCAGUAAAACAAACGGAGGAGUCCGCAUUGUUUCAGUUUGCUGAGAUCUCAUCAAAUACUUCCCAGUUGCCAAGUCCUGAGCCAGUAAAGCACUGUGGGAAGUCGGCACUCUUCCAGUUGGCAGAGAUUUCUUCAAGUACAUCCCAUUCAGGGCCUUCUGAUUUAACAAAACAGUGUGGAACAUCAGCAUUAUUUCAGCUGGCAGAGAUGUGCCUUGCUUCAGAAGGAGUAAAAGUGAAGGAACCUGGGAAAACAAAAGUGGAAGCACUGGAAGAUCUGGGAGGGGAAGUUUCAGAGGAAAUGGAAGUAGAACUGGAGAAAACAACAGUAAAAGACUCCUGUAAAGGAAAAGUAGAACAAUCAGAGGUAGACAAAAUUCAAAACCGGGAUGAAACAAAAACUGAGGAAUCAGAAACUGCAAAAUGCAGAGAUUUUACUAGUCUUGCAAUGGAAAACAGUCCUUUUGACAGAAAGGAUAAUACAAAGGAUCACAUGUGCUGUUCUCCAGAACUUUUCCUGGGUGACAUGAAUAUCCUUGGGCUAAAGCCGGAAAAAAUAAAGAAGAAAAAGAAAAAAAAUAAGUUGGACCGGCACACAAAUGAAAAAUCCACCCCCAAGAAAUCUUGUAAAAAAAGGCAGUCCUCCGAGUCGGACAUUGAAAGUGUGAUGUACACAAUUGAAGCUGUUGCAAAGGGGGACUGGGGUGCUGAGAGACUCACGGAUACUCCCCGCAAAAAAAACCGCCCUAUCUCGAGUGUGAAGGGAAGUGUGUUGGAUACAAAAUCACCAAAGAAAAAAGUGAAAUCGAAAGAGAAGAAAACAUCAAAGGAAAAACCGAUGGAGACCACCAAAGAAUCAAAGCCUCCUGAUUUCCUUAGUAUUGCAGCCAGCAAGGAAGUACCUUGUGAGGCUUCUGAUAACAUUAAAGUGGAACCACUGACCCCAACAGAGGAGGUGGUACCCCAAAGCUUGCCAGAACAGGUCAAAACUGAGGACAGUGACUGUGUUAAAAAGAUAGAAACAUGUGGCUCCAGGAAGUCAGAGAGAUCUUGCAAAGGUGCUCUUUAUAAAACUCUGGUGUCAGAGGGCAUGCUCACAUCUCUGCGCGCUAAUGUGGACAGAGGAAAAAGAAGCUCAGGAAAAGGCAACUCCUCAGAUCAUGAAGGAUGCUGGAAUGAAGAAAUCUGGGCCUUUUCCCCAAGUGGGACAAGUGGGAACAAAAAGCUGAAAAAGACUAAGCCAAAGGAAGAGUUUGUUUUUGGCUUAGCAAAAUUGGAAGAAGAAUUUGCAAAGAAAUUCAACAGCCUCCCUCAAUACAGUCCUAUUACCUUUGACAGGAAAAAUUCAGCUGUUCCGAGGAAAAAGCGAAAGAUGGGAAGCGGCUCAUGUGAACUACCAAAAUCCAACAAAGCCAUACUACUAGAAGACAGAAAUUCCAGUGAGUCUGCCUGGAAGAAUAAAAUUUCUAUAUCUGCCCUAAACACUCCAGAACCAGCAAUGAUGCAUGAGCCUUUAGUUGGCAGCCAGAAAAGAAAAGCAAGGAAAACUAAGAUCACACAUCUCGUCCGAACAGCAGAUGGUCGAGUGUCACCAGCAGGAGGGACACUGGAGGAGAAGCCAAAAGAGCUGCCACAAAGUACUCUUCAAAAAACAUCAAGUGCAGAAACAGAUUACAACAGUGAAUGCUCCAGAAAUGCAGAGACAGAAGAAAAUCAUAGUAUUACAUCAGAUAUGCCAGCGGUGUCUGCAUUUUUUAGCUUAGCUGCUCUGGCGGAAGUAGCAGCCAUGGAAAAUGUGCACAGAAGUCAGAGGGCCACACCUCUCCCACAUGAUGGACAGCCAAAUGAAAUGUCUCAGGCUCCAGUGCUUAUUUCCUGCGCUGACCAGUGAAGCUCUACUUUAUUGUAAAACAUUGUGCUUUACCUAAUAUCCUAGCCUUGUCUUUACCAAGGGAAGCUAGUCAGUCCAUAUGAUGGAACUAGAGACUGCAAUAAAGUGCUUAUUGCUCUGAGUGGCCCAGAAUUCACUGGAAGCCAGACGUUAGCAACUUGGGCCAGGUCCUCAAAUCGGAACCCAGUAUGUAGGAGGGUGAUAUUAAUUGUCUAUUAAUGAACAGAAAUGAAGUGGAAUGAUCCCAGAGCUUGCUUUCUAUUGAAGGCUUUUAAACAGUAAAUAGAUGGUUGGUGUGAAAAAGGCUGCCUUUACUGUUAGCUCACACAGCAUCUCUUUUACCAACCAGAGAGUACGGCAACUAGUUUCAUAUAAUACCUAGUUACUCUAAAUGAAAAUGAAAAAAGGAAAAAAAAAAACCAACAAAAACACUGACGCACUGCACUAGUUAUUAUUAGAUAUUCUUAGUCAUUUUUGUACAUGAAGAUUUAAGUUCUAAGAUGGUUUAUAUUAAUAGGGUAUGCCUACGUUUAUAUUGUAGAGUGAAUUUAAAACCUGUUCCAGAGAACUCAAGGCAGCCUGGACAGAUGUACCAUUGUUAGCGGUGUUUGGGCAGCCAUGUGGUCCAGAUGUUCUGCACUUUUAUAUUUGCCACCAGAGUGGUAGAGUUUACUGGGAAAAAUUCUGACAGGCUAUGUUUGGGUUUGUUUCUUUUUAAUUUAGCUUUGAAUAACCAGGAUGAUGUGCAUUAGAAAAAGGAGUGGUGUAUGGAAAAGAAAAUACUGCAGAUAAUUGACUUGUCUUUCAUGCCUUGGAGGGUUCCUUUAUUUUUGCAUAGAUACCUGAGCGACUUGGUGAAACUUUCCUGUAAACAAAAAGUACUGCAAAUGCGUUUUUCAAAAGUGACCUUAGUAUUAUUUCACCGUUCUGAAAAACCUAAAACCAUGACUUUUCGAUAUACGUGUACAUCAAUACACAUACAUUUUACAUUUUACAGACACUGGCAUUGUUGUAGUUACUAUGCACAGUCCAAAUCAGCUUCAGAGUUUGCAUAAAGGGCCAAUUACAGUUCGUGUUGGUCAAGUGGGCAAGUUGUAUACAGAUAAACUACAACCGAAGAAUAGCAUUUGACUGAAUUCAGACUACCAAACAGAUCCAUCUGCCAGUUUCUGUCUUUGCUUGUGUUGAAUUUUUGUGUUUUGCUCUCAUAAAUACAUCCCAAAAGCAGGCCAAAUGUAUCACUUGGCCUGUUAUCUUCACUAUCUUGACUUACACUCUUGUAUAACCAAGCAUUGAUUCCUACCAAUAGAUGCAAAAUGAUCACUAGUAAUUGAUCUAAAGCUACAAAUUCAACAGGGUACUUCUUCUAUAGCACAAGAUGUUUCCCUACUUUUUGCAUUGUAGCACAACAAUUUACCAAAUUGGACUCCAGCAAUAAUUUUCUAUUAGUCUUCGUCAUACCGGCUGAACUUUUGAUAGUAUUAGAUUGCGUUUGAAGUUCUUUGAAUUAAGUCUUUAAAUGAUGCGAGUUUACAUCAUUCUAUCAGGCAUUCUUAUUUAUACUUGACUGAAUUGAUAAUGUGUUUUGGGGUUAUUUUGUAACUAAUUUGAUGUAAUAGCCAUAUGGACCGUAACUCUAUUAAUGCUUGCUAGGUUUAGCCUUUCAUUGUUGUAGUUAAGUGAAAGUCUCUGGUUCAGUGUCAGGAAACAAUAUACAAUGUACCACAGGAGUUUUAAGAAAGGAUUGAAAGUCUGACAAAAGGCAGGUAGCUGGGGAAGCGUCACUGAAACAGCACCAUUGAGGAUGCACGUGUUGAAAGAAGGGAACAACAGAAGAACAACAAAAUUUACAAGCCAAUGAGUCAGUGAAAAGGUUUUUUAAAAACUUCAGGUAAAUAAGAGCCCCUAGAAUGCCAUUGCAGCCUAUGGCGGUAUUUGAAAUAAGAUUUUAUUAAAGUUUUAUAAGUUAUUUUAACAAGACAGGAAAAACUUAAAAGACUUAAAACUUGUGGGUCAGAGCAGGGUGGCUGUUGGAGUUUUGGACCACUUUAUAAUUAGCUGAAAUCCAAAUAUGUUACAGUGCAGGCCGUUCACGUUGACAAUGGUACUAACUUAUUUCUCUAGAAACCUUUAGAGUAGAUAUAUUUUUGUCAAAGCACCCCAUCCUUCCUCGAUUUAAAUUUCAAUAUUGUUCCUGGAGAUAUUUCUGUAUAUUAAUGGUACCUUUUUUAAAAGAAACAGAAAAUUACUUUUUUCUAUAUAAAUUAAUAUCUUACUUGAUCUGCUUUUCCUUGACUUUCCCUUAGAGAGGGGGUAGGGUUGGGUCAGUUUACUGGAUAUGACUGUUUUCAGAUACUUAUAAACCUUUUUGUAGAUAUGCUUAAUUUUUAAGCGAUUAGGCACUGAGAGUAGCAGAAAUCCUGCAAAGCUUUAUAGUUCACUAGGCAUUUGCCUUUGUUGGUUCUCUGAGUGAUGUCUCGAUUUGAGUAGCUAGAAUUUUCCCUGAAUCUACUAGAAGGAGUAUCAGUAUUUUCAGGUAACAAAGUCUGUUAGCACAACAAAAAUUUCAGACCAAUAUCUUACUGUAUUGGGGUUGGGUUUUUUCCUUAUUUGUUUUGUUUUAAUUUUUAUUAAUUUCAGCUGCUUUCAUUUUGGAAAAUCUUAUUGCUAUUGUGUGUACUUCAGUAUACCAGCAAACACUGUUACCUGUUAAAACGUUGUCCACAAAUGCCUCUAGAGAAGAAAUUGUUGCACCUUAUGUAUAUCUCAAGCAAACCAAAAUAUGAUGCUUUUCUGCUUUGUUUAUUCUGAAUAUGUUGUAUCAUACUUUACUGAACCCAUUUUAACUUAGCUAAAGCUAUCAAUAUUUAUGCAUUUCACAUUAUUUUCUGGAUCUGAACCUGUGUAUAAAUCUUUCUUUAAAAAAAAAAGACAAGCAUUUACUGUAGUCGUCCUCUGUGACUUAUCCAUGGGAGGGGGGAAUCUUGUCUCAAGUGUAAAAUGCAGUACUGUCCCAGUUUUCCUUGGCUUUUAUUUAUUUAGUCAUCUUCGAUAUUUCAUAUGUAGUUUUGAGGUAAACAAAAUACAUUGUCGUAGCUGAAGCUACAGAUCUAAGCAGCUGGGAGAAAAUUACUGUAAUGUCUUCUUAAUUGUUCUAGUACUGUAUACAAAUAUGGGAAAAACGUUCUGCAGAACAUUUGAGAUGCAGAUUCUUAUCCCCACAGUAGGCUAUUUUCCACAUAUUAGACCAAAUCAAUCAAAACUCCAUGAUCUUAUAGGUCCUUUCCGACUAAACAAUUCUAAAAACAUCUAUGGAGAUUAUUUAGUGCUCUGCUUAUGGCAGUACCUACCCCUUGAAUGUGCUGUGAUUUCAGAAAAGAAUAUAUUUAUUUAAGAUGACUGAAUGCUCUUUUGUACUGAUACAGUAUCCCAAAGUCACGAGCAAGAGACUUCUUGGUAGUUUGGGUUUCUAUUUUAUAGCAUUGUUGCAUGACUUUUGAAAUUUCAGUGAUAAGCAUUGUUGGAAAGGGGCACAGGAACAAGGGACUGGUAGAAGUGUGUGAAUUUGUGGUGUUUAAAUUUCAGCUUUGGUCUUUAUUAUUUGGGUGAAAGCUGCCUCUGUAGCACAAGGCUGAGAAGAGCAUUCUGAAGUUUGUAUCAAGUAGAGAGUUGUAACUCACAUCAGGAACAAGGGAAUGCCUUAUAGUUUGGAUGCUGUCUUUUGCAACGGGAUAAUAAAUUGAAGCAGUUUUAAUUUCCACUGCCUGUUUAGCUACUGUACAGAUACUGAACAGACUGAAGGCAACAGUUAUAGACUUGUGAAAGCUGAGAGAGCAUGAAAGGAAAGCUGGCCUUUAUUCUCAGUAUGGCAACAAAGGGGAAUUAGAAAAAAAGAUAGAUGUAUAUUUAUACGUGUGUGUGUGUGUGUGUGUGUGUGUGUGUGUGUGUGUGUGCCUGCCUGGGUGUGUACAUUCUGCAAAAAAAAUAAUGUAGGAAAACCAGAGACAUGAUGGGUCUACAAGACACUAUAAUGUAUGUUGACCCUUUUGAGUGCACUCCCUUUUUUUGAAUGCUGAGUCUAAUAUGGCUACCUCUCCUAAAAGACUACUUUCAUUAACUUCCAUUUGCUUUCGUGCUUGAUCAUGUAAUCUUUUUGGCCAUUGAUACCAUUUGUAUAUUGCUGUGUGCUUUAUUUUCCAAGAGCAACAUUUAUAUAGUGCAGAAAAUGUAAAGGCUGAAUAUAUGGUGGUAGCCAAACUGUGUUGCUGGAGCUUUUUUAUUUAUCUUCUGCCAUAGUCAUAUGGGUUGCAGGACGUGGGCCCACUAGCUCUCCUUGGUUCAGUGAGAUCAGAUUUUUUUAACAGCAGCAAAUGCAGUGAUCAUGGGGUGGUGGGCUUCUGAUGUUUCCGGAGGUGACAAAGUAAGCCAAGUGCUGCUCUUCAAACUUCUCCUGGAGUUUACGUUUGCAAUCCUGAUUUCACAAGGAAACAUAACUGCGCAACUUGUGUGUUGUAUUCCAUACAUUAUCCAUUAGAUGCUGUCUGUUUGCCGUGCUUGUUUGAUAGAUUGUAGAGCUCCUAGGUGUAUUUGCCAUGUUUUGUAAUACUCGUGGCAUUCUCCUUACCUUGUACAUAUUGUGGAACUGUCAACUAGAGCUGCCAGGAUGCUGAGGCAUUUCAGGACACUGAGUGCUGUGAACGAGUCCAUUUAGGCUGUGAAAGAGUUACUUGCCUCCUCCCCUGAAUUCCCCAAUAAAAAGCCACAGUGAGGUUUAUGCUCUCACCUAAGUACUAUUAUAGUCAUUUAUAUACUCAUGAAUUGGCAACUUUGAAGAAGCUCAUGAGAUAGAUGUAUAUUUUAUGUUCCCCCACUAAUUCUUUGAAGGCAGAAAUCUAGAAAGACUUGACAUCUCCAUUCAGCAACACACCUAAGCUUAGGCUGAAAACCCUCCUUACUUAAGGGGCAGCAUUGUUGGCACUGUGACAGUGCAGGAGCCCCGAUCACGGACCACUACGCUCUUGGAGUUAAGCUUGGGCUUGCGUGAUGUUCCUGGGGGAGGCACGUCAUUGUGACCUAGGGCCUUCAUUCAGACGGAAUUUUUAAAAUGACUGCAAAUAGCUUAACAUUUGUUGAGUUCUUCCAAAGAAUUCAUUGUAGUUUCAGGGUCUUGACUGUUAGCACAUACCAGCAGACCCUCAGUGUACUCUACUGGAAAAACCACACCUGUUCAGGUUAACUAACCAGGAUUCCGAAUGUAAUGGUCUAGUCUACUCUUUUCACCUCCACAACUGAAACUGUGUUUUCCCCUUCAUACUGCUACACUUUAAUCAGUGAUUGGGUCUUUGAAGGUGACAAAAGCAAGAAAGGCAUAUAUGUACAUGUAUCUGCACGUAUGUAUAUGUGUGCAUACACACGUGGGAGUGCAGUGACUUGCAACAUGUACUCUGUACAAAAGUGUUGCCACGUUAGAUCAUAAAACAACUUGAGGUUUCUUAGAUGAUAGUUUUCCAACUUUCUUGCUAGAUUUUGGUCUCUUCCCUACACAUUACACCAUAAGGUGUGAGUUUCAAAAAUCACACCUGAAAAAAACACAGAUCCUGCUGACCUGGAUGCUGCAAAAACCUUCUUUCUCAGCAGUGCUUGCUUUUAAUAGUCAGAAUCUGUUGACAGUUUUAACACAACUGAUUUGCCAUGAAUUUUCUUCUUAGAGCCCAAUCCUUCAACUUCUAUUCUCACAUGUAUUUCCAGUGAAUUUUGACCUAGUAUUUGGCUUUAUUCUCUCCGAAGUUUGGUGUAAACAUGCCUUACAAUAGUUCAUCUCCAUCAAUGGUAUAACAGAGCUACUGCCUUCUUAGAUGUGUGUAGAUAAGUCAAUGAGCACAUUUAUAGAAUGUCAUACUUUCUUCGAAAACCUCUAAUUUGAUACUUUUAAGUGCACAUGUUAAGUCAUGUGUAUAACAUGCUAAAGUACAUUAAACUGUGAUAAUGCAACUGAAUAAAAUAUUUAAUAAAAUAUUUGAAAUAUUUGAUAAGGACCUUUAAAUAGAUUUCUUUAUGUUCAUUCUAUUUUGGUUACCUAGUGUGUGCCUGUAAACAGUUUCCCGUUUAAAACUAAUGAUUGCAAAUAAAUACUAUUCAAAUGGAGCUUCUUUGAUGCUUCACCUGCUUUACUAUCAAAUGAUUGUUUACUUUAAUAUAUGGCUGAGGUAGCAGCAUUUGCAGAAUUCGUUUUUGGCUACAGUAUGAAUUUGCUGGCUUUUUUAUACUUAAACAAGCUUGUUUUCACCUGAAAAUGGAAGAUGCCAAAACCCAGAUAUGGAUCCUCAGAACUGUAAGCUGUAGUUUCCUGUCAGAUCAUCCACUCAGCUUCUACACAAUGACUGUGAAGAUGUCGCUUAUUUUGCAAAGAACUUCUGCCCAUUUGUUCUUGCUUACCUUUUUCUGUACUAUUGACAUUGUUGGGAAGAUCCAUAGAUCCAUUCAAGUGCUCCAGAAUUCAAUGGAUUUAUAUCGCAUAAAGCUGGAGGUUGUGGGACAGAGAGCACCAGGACUUGGUGCAGUUAGGCUGUGGGAGAAAAGUUUCCCUUUUCUCCUGAACUUUCCAGGUAUCCACUUUGUGUUUCUGGAUUUUAUCUUCUUUACACAACUCGGAAGCUCGUUUAUAGUCCACAAAGGUAUAAGAGAAGUCAUCCCACGUGAAGAAGCCCUUGCUAUGUUUUCGGUCUUUGGGCACUAAGAGAACUUACUCAAAAGUGGAUUCUCUUUUGGAAAUAAGUAGCAAGUGACAUCAAUGUUUAAACUUAAAGGUCCCCCACUACUUUGGAAACUUAUUUAAACCAGAACUCUGUUUUACCCAUAUAUUUUACCCUCUUGGGUCUUGAAAAUUAGACUGCUGGGGAUCUUCUCUUUUUCUGUCCUUGGAUGCCUGAAACCCCUUUGAUUGCAAUGGAUUUUUUGAUCACAGAAGGCCCCAGCACAGUCUUCAUGAACCCAGUAGACACUGGGUUUUCACAUAGGAGCAGAACUCCUGUCUCUGAAUCUAAAGUAGCAAAAGGGAAACCUUUAGGUUUGUGGCUUUUUUUUAACUAUGUACCAUUUACUCAGGAAAGAAGAAACGUAUGCAAUCUUGCACUGCCUUUUACUGGGUAUACAUCAGUAUAUCUGCAAAGAAACAACAGGAAUGGAAGAGCUUCAGCAUUAAAGACCAUGUAAAGAUCAUACUCUGGUUCAGUGAGCAGAAAAAGUGGAAGAAUUUUAAGAAAUCUAUAUCCUGUCAGUGUCAUAUGCCCAGUCAGGGACUUUGAAGUCACUAUUCUAUAUUUUUUAUUACCAAGUUACCAGUUGUCUUCAUUCCUCAAACUCCUAUCUUAUCAUCUGCUUUCAUUUUGUUCUUCCAAUGAAAGACCUGCUGAAUUCGGCUAACUCUCAGUGCACCUAGAUCUGGUUUGUUACCCAGCUCUUGCUCAUGUUGCUUCUUGGAGCUGCUUGGCAUUACACUGACUCUUAACUGUCAGGUAAGAUAAAUUUCCACUAAUACUUUUGCAAAAACACAGGGUGGAAAGGCAUCAUUCUACUCAAGCACCACGCUUCUACCAGACUCUCCGAUGUUCGCUCCUCGAUACCAUUUGUCGCGUCCUUUUUGUUGUUCAACGUACAGCUAACCCUGCUUUCAGAGAGACUUUUUUUUUUUCCUACGAUAUGACAGCGUCAAGUGAGACACAAAGUAUACCUGAGCAUACUAUACCCAUGCUCUAUACCAGCUUGUGAAGCUGUCGGUUCUUCAGUAGGACACUAGCACUUUGUGACAAAAUACGAGAUGCAUUCCUAUAUCUGCUGCAAAGUUCUGUUUUGUUUUGUUUUCUGAAAUAAAACCUAUAAGAUUUAACGUCUGCCAUCUAUUCAGUGUCAGCUUCUUUUUUGUGGACUGGUCUUGGCACAGCAACAGUAAGAAAUUGAGCUCUAAUACAGUUGUAUUUAAAAUAUACUUCAGAUUUCAGCAGGGCUUCAUUGGUUGCUUUCUGAUAGGAGAAGAUAUAAGCAGAAAUAAGCUGGCUCACAGUGUAGCUGCCACAAGCCCAACUGAAACUCCAGUUGAAAAUCCAGCCUAUAUAAAGUCCAAAAUCCAAAAAACACAUUCCAUAUAGAGCAGCACUUCAGCUUAUUCAUCAGCCCAUGAAACAAGAGGAACUAGUUGAAAUAGACCCAGAAAUCAAACGAGUUGAGUCAGAAUGACAGGCUUAGCAUUGUAGCACACUAAAAAAAGGCCAGUGUUGCCAUCAAACAACAUCCAGUUUAAGAAAAGAAAAGGUGGGGGAAAGAAAAAUCUGAGCUCUCGGGAGAUGUCCUUCCAAUCCAAAAGAUGUCUUUUGAGUACAUCUUUGGAGUUCAAUGACAAGUUCUGUAUGUGGCCCACCAAAGGUUUCCCAGUUAUGGCAGACCACCGGGCUUCAGUCAGUAAUUAUGAGCAUCAAUUCCCUUCUUUCCAAGGUCUGGGCAGGUUCUGUGGUCAGCAUUGCUGUGGAUUAUUAAAACAUCUUGCCAUUUUUAGGAGUUAAGGAGAAUUUGGAAAUCAGGUAGUCCCAAUCUGUCAAUAAUUGGUUUUGGUGUCAGUAUCCAGUAAUAGUGGCUUUUGUAAUGCCACUAAGUCUUUCUGCAGUGAUGAGCUCACUGUGAGCUAUGCACAUUGUGGGAUCUGGAGUUCACAUGUUUGCAGUUUUGCACAAUUAAUGACUUUGAUCCAGACAACCUGGAGCACACCAUUGCCAUUAGCAUUGGUCAGGGUGAUGUCAUGUGAAGCAAAUCCAUUGCAUAUCUCUGACAGACAGUUCCCUGUUAUGUUUUGAGAUGGUCCAUCUGGUUUGGUCCUCACUGCCUUGCUCAAAAACCUAUUCUUGCCUGUGAGUGAACCUCUGUGGGAUUUCUAGUUGUGGCAUUUGUCAUGAAGCAGGGCUCUGGCAGAGGGAGGUUCUUUCACCACAAACCUCUUCCCCUUCAGGAUGACAAAGUUUAUCCCUCAACAACUUUGUGUGGGAUCUCUUUUUGCCUGCAGCUGCUCAGACAGAUUUUUGUAGUACAAAAUUAAACAAACCCAGCCAGGAACUCGAUGAUAAAGUCAGACCUUCACAAGCUUCCAGGUUUCAGUAGGCGGUAGUUUGAGAGUGAGGGGUGUAAUGUGUCUCCAGUGAGAGCAGCUAUGUAAAUAGCAUGCAGAGAUUGACAGGUUAUGGCAACAAGGCUGUGUUUCCUUUUGUUUUGAAGAGCAGUGUUUUCUAAUGGAAGUAAGGUGGCAGGAAAAUUACCAUCGCAGCAGAUGGACUAUUCCAUUGUCUUCAAUUUCAAGAGCAAGGUUUGCCAACCAGUUUGAAAAAAGGCGAAAUUGCAGUUCAAGUCUGUGGCUUGUAAUGGAUGCUGUGUUUUGCUUCAGUGACUGUAGCAAUAACUUUCCAGUUGGAAGUAAUGUGUGAGCUACUUAAGGUGUGAUGGAGUUCUAAACCAUCCCAUUCACUUCUAGAUGACAGAUGUAUUUGGCAUGUGGUGUAAGUGUUGCUAACAAGUGCUUCCUGGCAAGUACAUCAUAAAUAAUCCCAAGUUUCAUCAUUAUUUUAAUCAGUAAUUAAGAAAAUUCUUCCUGCUAUGUUUUAGGAAAUUAUACAGUGCUUGGCUAGCACAAGGCAUAGUUUCACCUUGGAAAGUAGUGGAGGGAAGCAUUUCCUAUGAGACUGUUUGAUCUCAGUACUUAAUUUUUUCAAAAAAUCUUUGCUAGUAACUAUCUGUAGUGUACCAUAUUUAGGAUACAGUUAAUUCAGCUCUGAGAUCUUUUAAAGUAAAGGUAAUUAAUUACUUCUCAUGCAGAAAUCCACACGGGCAAAUAAAUAUCUUAGGGAUGAGUGGUUGCUAAAGGAUGCUGCAUGCAAAUGGUGGAUCUCUUUAGAUGUAGGACAUGCAAGAUGCGGGAUUGCAGGCCUAGGAGCCAGGCUGUUGACAGGUAUCAACACAGGUUCACAGUGUAAUUGUGCUGGAUUGCAUGAAGGGAAAACAAAAGGGCCAUGUUUAAAACCCAUGUGGUUCACUGAGCCCAACAUGUUGUCGUCAGCACCGCGUGUGCUUCGUGCUGGGGGAGUUUGAAGGUUGCUGCAGUGGGACAGUCCAUUGCUGCACUGCUUGUCCUGAGCAGUGGCUGUUUUUUGAUGUUCUGCAACUCAGCAUUUUUAACUUGCCCUGUCUCUAAAAGAUAGUCAUGGAGCCCAGGUACAUCACAGCUGUGGUAUAUGUAGUGAGGGAUAUUUGGUACAAUAGUGCUGUGCACUGACAGGUGCAGCAGCUUAAAGCCAUGAAGUGGUAGCCAGCAGUUCUUGAGGUCCUCCAGGGACCUCUGUGGGGUGGCCAAGUGCAGUUACUGCCACUUUGGGGGACAGUGUGUGGGUUUGUGGUGGCAGCAGCAUCAAGCCUGAGCAAAAAGGCUGUGUCUGUCGCUAGGUCAUCAGCAGCUUCACUUGGGCCAGGCUCUGGGAACAGCAGAGUUGGAGAGUGCUUAUAAAAAGUCCUUACAAAAAUGAAGCACAAUUUUACUCAUUUGCAUCCAUACACAUAACAGCAGGAUUGAUUCAGUCCUGGUUUUUAUAUAAAAAUUGCCUGGAAUACACAAUGUUUGCUGCCAUGAGCUCUGGCAGCUGCACUGCUCACACAGCAUGCACUGUGCACUUGGUUUACUAUAAUUGAAUGAGGGGAACAUAUAUAAAUAUUUUACAGAUUUUUGCAUCCACCUGUUGGCAAAAUGCACCCUGGUCAUCAGGUGGUUAGAAGACAGUAAUUUCCAAAUUAUCUGUAGGGCUGGGUCCUUGCUUUAGCAUUUUCAAACAGGUAGCAUAUGUGCAGACGCAUUUUUGAAAUAACUGAUUUAAGAGGGUUGCACUCAUGAUACGUGUUUCAUAGGUGAGAACCAUGAAAACACCAUAAGACACACCAGUCAAUAUAAAAGCAGUAAUUUCAUAUUCAGAGAUUCUGUUAAUCUGCGAGUAGUUUUAAAAACCUAGACAAAAAAAAUAUAUUUGUGCUGUUCCACCUGGGCACAGUGAUUCUGUAAUUGAUGGCCAAGGGUUGCCAGCAGGAAUCUAAAAGCAUCUUUAUUAAUGAGAUAAAAGUGUAUUCUUAAAUAAAAAUUUCUGGCCUUUUAGACCAUUCAGAAAAUAUUCAAUGCAAGAUGAGUAAUUUUUUUACUUCUUUUGAUUAAUAAAACUACAAAUACAUUUAUUUUAACAAUCUUCAGGUAAAUAGAAAAUGGUGAAUGUAAUUUUUUAGAUACUAUGUGUUGCCUAAGUCCUAGAUGGGAGUCUCUUGGCAGCAUUAGCCUGUCACACUUGACAGUGCUUGUGGGAGGAUGUGGUGGCACGUGUGGAACGUGCAGCUGCCUUCAACAUCAAACCAUCAUCCCACAAAUCUCAGCCAUUGGAAAUCCAUUGCCGUCAAGAUACAAGGGGCAUAAAUAGCACAAUAGCUGUUUAAAAAUAAGAAUUGGUUGGGUUUUGUCACUUCUGGCAAAUCUGCUGUCCAACUGAAAAUGCUUUAUAUUCCGUAGAGACAAAUCGCCUCGUUGGAUGGUUUUGUUUAUGUUGCAGCAAGUGGGGAACGUCAGGCUUCACUUGCAAAUCUUUAACCUUGCUUUUCAGUCAUCUUGCCUUUCCUCUCCUCUCUUUUCUUGAGCAGAUGAACACUUGGUGGACAUCAGUAGCAAAACAUCCACAGAUUUUCAGUAGGAUGGACAAUAUCUCACACCUUCCUGAGCUACUGCAUAACUCUGAAAAACCCACAGAGUGUUUUUUUUAAUUAACUGUAUUUUAACAACAAUUUUCCUCAGCCAUGACUGUGCAUCAAACGCAGCUUCUGCAAAAAGAUAAUUACAAGGAAGUGGGAUCCUGCAGUGAAAUGGAUAGAGCAGCAAAGCUCCCUGGGCCCAUCUUGUCCCCCAGCUCUUUGUAGGAAAGCCCAAACAGCACCAGAGUCAGGCACCUAGCACACUUUUGAAAUAUGAUAAAUUAUUUCCUCCUCUUAACAGUUUAUUGUUGAGAAUAGACUCACAGUUUAUUGGGAUUUGGCAUGUUUUAUUUUUUAGUGCAUGGCUUGAAGGCACAUGCCUUUUUUAAAAAUAAACCCAGACUCCCUUCAGCACUGCAUAUUAGUCCUGCGGUGUUUGCAUUAGGUCAUGCUGAGCCUUAACUUACCAAAUAAAAUUCUUACCACAUUUCUAAAUUUCUUUCUUAGUGGGGGAAACGAAAGUCCUCAGACAAUGAAAAUUUUUUUUUCUCCAUAAUUACUGAAGAAACUUUCAGAUCAAAUAAACAUGAUACCGGCUUUUCCAGUUCCCUUGCUGGUAGAGCCUCCCCUAGGCCAGCAGGCACACGUGGGGGAAGCCUGCGGGAUCAGGACCAUGUUUACAAGCAGCAGCAUUCCUUUCCCUCCAGAGAAGGCCCCCUGACCAUCGAGAAGCCCCUCUGCAUCCAAACAGGUGGGAUGGGGGUCCUGGCUGAGGGAUGCAGACAGACCCCUCGGCACUGCUGCACUGGAGUGCAGUCCGAGUAGCGCCUGAGGGAGUCACAUGUCAAAGAAAGGGCUGUUGCUCUGCAUGUCUUGUCACUAAAAUGUUGCUUUUAAUUUCUGCGUCUUUCACCUACUCCUGUUUGAAAGGUGUCCUAGGCACUUUGCAUGGCAGAGAUUGUGUUGGGAGAGCAGUUCCCUGUGGAUUUGAGUUGUUACGGUCAAAGAUUUGGCAGUAGAAGCAUCAGAUGCUUGCUGUUGUAAACUCCUUCCAUCUCUUUGAAAUGCUGUUGUGGUGGUUGUCUCAAGGCUCUGUGCGCAUGGUGUAAUUGAUGCAAAGACAUUUUUAUCCUCAUUGUUACUGAGCAUUGAUUUCCUCAAGAAACAUGAAUUUGGAAAGAAUGCCACAGACUUUCACAGUUAAACGUAUCACUGGAUGGUCUUUUUUCACCCAUGUGAAAUUUAUAAGUGGGGGGGGGUAAUUCAGGGUGCAAGCAAGUCUAUAAGGAAAGACCAGCAUCUUCAUAAAUCAAAUUCUACAUUUUUUGCUUGUGUUUGUAUGGUGGGAGUGGGUCAGCAAGCUGCUAAAGUAACUGCUCACUGCAGAAAUGGUGAGCAGUCGGAUUGCCAUGGCCAUCUGUAGGUGAGCGUGGCAGACCAGUGCUGCUGCUGUUUAUUCACUUCCUUUCAUUCCUUGUAGGGCUUGGUGUGUGAGAUCAGCUUUGGGCAGUUGUGUUACAUGAAAUGCAACAUUGCACAUCGUCAGCACAGUAGUGUUGGUAUUUCCUAAUGGCAUUUCAUCUCGAUGUUUGUGAGUGCCUGUUUUAAAAUGUCCCAGGCUCCUAGCUAGAGGUUUGUUCCUUUUUUUGUUUGUUUGUUUUGUAAACCAGGUCUUUAUAUGAGUUACUCGUAGCUGAUUUUAAAAACCAGUUGCUCUUGGAGUACCCAACCCCUGCAAGCUACAAGCAAGAACCGGCAAAGGAUAUUUAAAAGAUGUAGUGAUUCUUGUCAAUGUGGGGUUUUCUUGUUCAUUAUCAACUUGCCAACAGUUCAAUCAGCAUUUUUCAAGAUGGCAAAAGGCUGAAGGAAAGCUUUCCAUGCAGCUUUUGAAUGUCAGGAUGGACAUUUCUCUGUGUUCUUCUUGGUUUGCUGCUUCCCCUUGUCAUUUUUUUUCAGGGUGACUGUAUAAGUAGACAGGCUUUUGGUGGUGGUGUGAGGAAAGGGUAAGCUGACUCCUAAUAGGAUGUCUGAAGUGCUUGUGUGUUCCUGCACAAACAGCAAGCCAAGGCAGAAAACCGAGCAGCCAGUCAGGAUAUUAAACACAUCCUGGGUUGUGGCAGGAUGAGAUCUUGGCAGUAUUUCCUUGGCACAGAGUCACAGGGCCAAAAGGGACUUGGAGACGUCAGCUAGAGAAUUUCCAGUGCAGGUUAAGCUAUACUUAUCACAGACCUAAUGGGUGGGUGUUGAACGUGUCCUUAAAAGCCUGUAAUGGUGGAGAAUCAACCACUUCCCCAUGAUGAUUUUUUUCCAGAGUUUGGCUGUCUUUUGAGGGUUGUUUAUUCCCCCAGUGCCUAAGUACAAAAUUUUACUGUUUAGGAGAAAAAGAAUUGUAAAAGAAAAAGUAUCCUUGAAAGAUAUUAGACAGAGAAGCAUUUUAGCUCUUUUUAUAAAUGCAACCUUAGAAAUAAUGGUCAGAUAAAAUCUGAGACAAGGUUUUCAAGGAGCAUCAGCCCAACUUUAUGCUUGCCAUAGAACUCCUCCAUGCCUUUGCAAACCUCUUCCUUCAAAUUGUGUGUCAGGUUGAUGGUUAAUAGCCAUACCAGAGAGGUUCAAAGAGACCUUUCUCCUUGUGCUGUUUUCUAUCCAGUAGUUGCUUUCAAUUUUAUUUUUUUUUACAGAGUUCAGACAGUGAAGAAACAUAAAAACAAA